AUGUUCAGCUACGCUGGAAACGCUUUGACCCGUCUUACAUUUAGCAAUGGAAUAGAACGUGAACAUCGGAGCGAGUUGACGGGUAGCAGUCGCUCCAGACGGUCGCACCGCCAGGUAACGCUGCCGCUGCGGACGUACGCAGCACGUACGCGCGCUUAUAGCUCCGCCGAUGCUACCAAAUUUUUGGAUGCGAGGAAGUUACCGUUUUUGAGAGCAACGAAAGUGAUCAAUUGCUGCUCGAGCUUGUCGAUGCGGGACUCGGGCAGCAGUGGUGCAACCGGCACCGCCCCUGUUGGCACCAACAGAAACACAGCAGCGCAGCGGGUCGGACGCGCUGCAGUUGACUGGCAGUCUCUCGGUUUCGGGUUCACGCCGACCAACUGCUACGUCAAAGCGGUCUGGAGAGAGCAAACUGGGACCUGGUCUCCUGUAGAGGUCGUCCCAUACGGACCCAACGGUGAAGCUACGUUCCCUCUGCACGUCGCGUCGACGGCCCUGCACUAUGGACAGUCCAUAUUCGAGGGCCUCAAAGCGUUUGCAUGUGCCGACGGGCACGUUCGAUUGUUUCGUCCACAGGAGAAUGCCCGCCGUCUCGAGCGCUCGGCCUUGCGUCUGAAUAUGCCAGUGGUACCAGCUGCGCUUUUCCUCGAGGCGGUGACCCGAUGUGUAUACGAAAAUCUGGAAUUCGUGCCCCCGUAUGUCGAACAAGGCGGUGGCGGAUCACUCUAUGUACGCCCUGUUCUGUUCGGAUCUGGAGGUCGCAUUGGCCUCGGCCCAGCUGAUGAGUAUACCUUUAUGGUGCUGGUGGUGCCGGUCGGCAACUACUACAAGGGCGGCUUAUCGCCAGUCACAGCAUACAUAUCCACGAAUUAUGAUCGAGCUGCGCCCCGCGGUGUGGGUCACGUCAAAGUGGCAGGCAACUACGCCGCCGACUUGAAACCGAGCAUGGAAGCGAAACAACGAGGCUACCCGAUCAAUCUCUAUUUGGAUGCGCGUGAGCAAAAGUUUAUCGAGGAAUUCGGAACCAGCAAUUUUUCUGCGGUACGCUAUCUAGAUGAAAACGGAAACCGAUAUGUAUACGUUACACCAGACAGUCCCUCGGUUCUGGAAGGUGUCACCAACAAAACGCUCAUGGAGCUUUCACUAGAUGCAGGGAUGAAGGUGGAGCGACGACGCAUUCCUGUCGAGGAGUUGGCAACGUUCGAUGAGGUGUUCGCCUCGGGAACCGCUGUUGUGAUCACAGCUGUGGACCAGAUUGUAUAUGGUGAUCAGGUCAUCGGCAUCGGUAAGCAUCCCGGCUCUGGUCAGGUAGGACCUGUGGCGCGCCGACUCUACGACACCGUGCGCGGGCUUCAGACGGGGCGAUUGCCAGACCGGCACGGAUGGACGUAUUUGGUCGCCUGA